CAUUGACAGCGCGAGCUCCAUUUGGACGCUUAGCUUAGCAUAUAUCUGCAUUAGCUACAGAGUGGUAAACGAAGUUUGUACACACACACACACACAUAUAUAUAUUUUUUCAGUUGGUGUAAUUUCAUGUAGAUAUUCGACGAGAGCUACAUUGUGGGUGGGCUUCUGGAAGAUCCCGCCUCCUUGCAGAGAAUUGGCCAACAGCACCUCGCUAUUCCUGUUACGAUUGGAUAAUGGUUUUAAUGUCAUUCAUGAUCUGAGCGCUGAUUGGACAGAAUCUCUGUGCUGAGUAUUUGUCGGAAAACGAGGGGGAAAGAAAAAUAACACCAGGAGGAAAAGCUGGCCGACAUGGACGAGCAGAGUGUUGAGAGUAUAGCGGAGGUGUUUCGCUGCUUCAUUUGUAUGGAGAAGCUGCGAGAUGCUCGUCUCUGCCCCCACUGCUCCAAACUCUGCUGCUUCAGCUGUAUACGGCGCUGGCUGACGGAGCAGAGAGCACAGUGUCCACACUGCCGGGCUCCGUUACAACUGCGGGAGCUGGUGAACUGUCGCUGGGCUGAGGAGGUCACACAGCAGCUGGACACACUCCAGCUGUGUAAUCUUUCCAAACACGAAGAGAACGACAAAGACAAAUGUGAAAAUCACCAUGAGAAGCUGAGUGUGUUCUGCUGGACCUGUAAGAAAUGCAUCUGUCAUCAGUGUGCACUGUGGGGAGGCAUGCAUGGAGGACACACGUUUAAGCCACUGGCGGAGAUUUACGAGCAGCAUGUCAACAAGGUCAAUGAGGAGGUGGCCAAACUCCGACGCCGGCUCAUGGAGCUCAUCAGUCUCGUCCAGGAAGUGGAGAAGAAUGUGGAGGCGGUGCGAGGAGCGAAAGAUGAGCGGGUGCGAGAGAUCAGGAAUGCUGUAGAGAUGAUGAUCGCGCGGCUGGACAAUCAGCUCAAGAACAAACUCAUCACACUCAUGGGCCAGAAGACGUCCCUCACACAGGAGACGGAGCUGCUCGAGUCUCUGCUGCAGGAGGUUGAGCAUCAGCUGCGCUCGUGCAGUAAGAGUGAGCUGAUCCUGAAGAGCCCAGAGAUCCUGCUCAUGUUCCAGCAGGUUCACAGGAAGCCCAUGCAAUCCUUCGUCACCACACCUGUACCACCUGACUUCACUAGUGAGCUGGUUCCUGCUUACGACUCGAGCACUUUUGUUUUGGCAAACUUCAGUACACUGAGACAGAGAGCGGACCCUGUGUAUAGCCCCCCUCUCCAGGUGUCAGGGUUGUGCUGGAGGCUGAAGGUUUACCCUGACGGGAAUGGUGUUGUUCGGGGAAAUUACCUCUCCGUUUUCCUGGAGCUGUCUGCUGGCCUGCCCGAGACCUCCAAGUACGAGUACCGUGUGGAGAUGGUGCACCAGGCUUCCAACGACCCGACCAAGAACAUCAUCCGAGAAUUCGCGUCGGACUUUGAGGUGGGCGAGUGCUGGGGCUAUAACCGCUUCUUCAGACUGGAUCUGCUCGCGAGUGAGGGUUACCUCAACAUGCAGACCGACACUCUCAUCCUGAGGUAUCAGGUGCGGUCACCCACCUUCUUCCAGAAGUGCCGUGAUCAGUACUGGUACAUCAGCCAGUUGGAGGCGGCGCAGUCCAGCUACGUCCAACAGAUCAACAACCUGAAGGAGAGGCUGGCCAUUGAGCUUUUCCGGCGGCAGAAAUCUCGGAGCUCGUCCCCGCCGGAUCACCGCAUGUGCCCGGCCACACCCACCACUGCAGUUGCCGCCCCAUCAGGCCGAGACUCCCGUCCUGGGAAGAGCACUACAGUGGAGGACACAUUGCUGGUGAAUGGAGACCAGAGGAAAGAGGAGGAAGACGAGGAAGAAGAAGAAAAGACGCAGCACGAUGACUCUAACGAGCUGUCUGACGGUGACCUGGAGGUUGACUGUCUGACCGGAGACGAGGACGUGAACCCUCUGGAUGGCAGCAGCACGUCAGGCAGCUCCACGGCGACCAGCAACACGGAGGAGAAUGACAUUGAUGAAGAGAACAUGUCUGGAGAGAAUGAUGUGGAGUACAGCGGAAAUCUGGACCUGGAGGAAGGAGAAAUUCCUGACGAUGUCAUAGGAGCCACAGGAGGCUCCAGUGCAGGUCUCCGGGGUUCAAGGAGGAGCGCAGCAGGAGCCACGGCAAGUCUGCUGGAGAUUGACCCGGUCAUCCUGAUCCAGCUCCUGGACCUGAAAGAGCACAGCCACGUGGAGUCUCUGUGGGGAAUCCAGCCCCGGCCGCCUGCCUCACUGAUCCCCAGCCAGGCGGCCUUGGUUUCAGCCCGUAAAGAGCGAGAGCGUCGUUCUCAGGCUGUGCGCCGCUCUGCCCCAGACUUGGCCGUCCUGACCCGACUCAAGGCCCAGAUGGCGGAGGUUCGCAGCAAGAUGGCGGAUGUGAAGGGGCAGCUGGAGGCCCGCACAGGCAUCCCUGAUGCUCGUGUCACCCCUCUGUGUUCCAUUCUGGAUCACAAUGCCUCAACUGACCUGGAAACAGCAGCAAGACGCAAACCACGAGAACUGGACCUGCUGUUUAAAGCUCCAGGGACGAACAGACACAGCCGCCAUGGUGGCAAAAAAGCUGCCUCUCCCAAGCAGGAAGUGGUAGGAGCAGUGGGAGGAGCCUCUCUGCAUCAGAGUUGUGAGACUGGUGAGAAAGAGCUGAGAGGAGCUGCAGGAGAUGCUCUCGAACCAUCGCUGUGCCCUAGAGAGGGACCCUCCACUGCAGAGAGUUCAAUGAAGGCUCUGAAUAUGCAUGCUUCCCCUCCAUCUGUCUCCGGUUCCUCUGAGAACCGCUCCAAAGCGGACGAGUCUCUGUACGGAGCUGCUGUGAGCGAUGCUUUUAACCUGCCUGGUCUGAGUACAGCACCCCCUACAGGCACCAAACAGCGCAGGACCACCUGCAGCACUGCUGCGCUGCUGACUGACACAUCUUUGGAUUUUGAGCAUGACUGCUCCGGAGACAUUCACCAGUCACUGCUGAGUCUCACAGAGUCACCAUCUUCCUCCUCACGCCCUGAAGAAGGGUUGCUGAAUCAGAAGGCGUCUAUGCACCUGUUGCCAGGUAUGAGCAGUGACAGCGAGGUGGAGUGUGAUACUGAGAAUGAGAACGAGGACGAGGCUGGAGUUCUGGAGGAUGGAGAGGUUCUCCCACAGCCCUGCUCAGGAGAGCAGCUGAUGCCAGAUGAUCUGAGCUUUGUGAGUGGAGGGACCACUGAGAGGUGAUCAGCAGACUCCAGAGCACGAGAGGGUGUGGGUGGGUGUCGGUGUGUAUCGUGUAAAUUUACAGAACCUCAUUUACAUGAGGAUAGAAUAUUUAGAAAUGGAAAGCUUAUAUACUAUAGAGCUGUGCAUUCCGUUAUGUGACCAAGGGUGGGGUGGGUGUGUGUGUGUGUGUGUAAUUAAUAAAAAAAUACACACAAAUAUUACACGGUGGCACGAAGAUAUGAAGUUUAUCUUCGAGUGGCGAAUAUUUUUGAACGCCAGAAGAUAAACUCUGUAUCUUUGCUCCACCGUGUGAUUUUUAGCUUUUAUCAUAGACACAUCCACAAAAAAAAGUAUGAAAAUUUAUCAAAACAAUUCAUCGAUUAUCCUCAAGAGUUACCUGUUACCUAUCUUUGUGUCUAUAAGAGUUGCCUAAGGUCUCACGAGUGACCUAUUGACUAAUGUUACUCAAUGUCCCGGAUGUAGUUUGUAUGAAAAAUAUGAGUGGGGUAUUUCCCAGUAAAACGCUCAUGUCUAUAUAAUAAAUAUAAAAAAAUGGGGGGGGGGUAGGGUUACUGAUUCUAAACCACGGUGUGUUUUUUGCACUUUUGUUCUUCAGCUCAUUUAAAAUGACUGAAAUUUAUCAGACAGCUUUUUGCAAGAAGUAAAUAGACGUAUGAUAAUCUCUGAAAGGAGCAGUUUGGCCAAAAAUUAAAUGUACACCCCUGUCUCAUUUUAAUUCCAAAUAUAGUCUCCACCUGUCAGAAUUUAAACCACGCCCCCUCAGCGAGUGAAUGAAAAUAAUGCGGCUUCAGCAUCUCACAUCGUGUGUGUGUGUGUGUGUGUGUGUGUGUGUCUUUUUCUCUCUCUCUCACACACACACACCUCUUGUGCAUGCUUACAGAUAGCCAUGUCAUACAGUGGAGGUUUAAUUUGAAUUAAUAGACAUCUUGAACAUUUAAUUUUCAGCUGAAUUGUUCCUAAGUGAAUUUAAGCUAUGAGGAUUUUGGCAAAAUCAGUGAAAGCUGCUGCUCUUCUAACUAUAAACAUCCUUAUGUAUAGGUUUUGUUUAUUUUCCAGUUAGAUAUGGUUUUAAUGCUGUUUGGACUUUAGGUUUGUGAACACUAUUCCUUGUGAUGUUUUUCAGCUUUGAUUUACUCUGUACAGUGGAUGCUUUUAUUUCCUAAACUGCGAGAUGGGAAGUGUUCCUUUCUGCAGGGUGCUUCCCAGAGAGAGCAUGUUACACACAGGCAUGUGCUGAUGCUAUCACCCUGUUGUUAAUCUACACCAUAUUUAUGACCUCAAAUAACCUUCACCUGCAUCUCAUCCAGGGUUCACCUUCAUCACUUGGAGGCAGUAGUUUAUCUGACUCUCCACGCCACUACUUUAAGAAGAUGCUUAUCUUUAAAGAGCAUUCAUGACAAUAUUGCAUGUAAAAUAUCGUGGCGUAUCAUAAUACUGAUUAUCAGCACGUACCUUGUUCCACAUUUCACACAUUAUUUUAUUUUUAAAUUUUAUUUUAGGUCUGUUGUUUUUCUAUUUGGUUGUCUGUACUGUACAGUGUUUUGUUUCCAUGUCAUAAUAAACAUUGUGUGCGCGCACGCGCAUGUACACAGGCAUGUUUAUUUCCUCUUUAGGCCUGAAUGUCUUUUUUUUUUUUUCCUCUCAAAUCUUUCCCUAUUUACUCCCAACUCUUUCAGACUUGGAAUAAUCAAAAGGUGCUAAUAAAUGUUUAAAUAAAGCAUUUUUUGGAAGUUGUAAAGGUUUGAGAUGGAACUACUUUUAGGGAUGAAUUUGUACUUGUAUGUCUGUGAUGGUGUAUUAAUACCACAACAACCUUCAGGAAAGUAUAAAGUAACUGGAUCUACUUUUUACUGCAUCGCUCCAGUAUUGAUAAGUCGAUAAGAACCAAGUGAGGAAGGUUUUCUCUCACAUCUGUCUAUUCUUAAUACUUUUGUGUUGAAUUUGUUUUAUAUUUGUAUAAGAAACUGUAGUUUAACAGAUUUUUAAAUAAUAAUAAUAGAGUCCCCAGCAUUGAGCCUUGAGGGGCACCACAUGAUAAUUCUGCCUUUAUAAGCAAGUUUGGAGUAAACUGGAUUUCUGUUCUUUUCUUAGUACAGGGAAACAGGUUUACAUUUAUAAUCACACACACUACAGGUACAGUGCAGAGAUUAGAGUGAAAAACACUGGAGUUUAACUUAAUUGCAUUGUGUUUGCUCUUCACUCUAUGGCUUUUUGUCUGCGUCUACUGCUCCUCAUUAAAGAGCUUCCUGGAUUCUGUGAGCUUUUCUUGCCUUUCUUUGCUUGUAUGCAUGUAAAUUUUCACCAUCAUGGUGUUUCUAACCCAAGACUGAACACAUCCCCUGACCCAGUCCCAGUUUGUGUACAGGGUGAUGUAUGUGUGUCCUGAUUGAUUACAGCUGCACUUUUCUCUUGCAUUUCUUUCUGCACUUCUUCCUUGAUGAAGGGCACAUCAAAAAGCAGACAUUUGAUUUGUGUGUGCUGUGAGCUCCUGUCUUUUCUGCAAACAAACUGGUGAUGUAAGUGAUGUCUUUAUGUAAU